AUGACCCAAAUAGCACCUGGUAGCCGACGAUAUCUCCAGACCAAGAAGCAACACUCCCUACCAGCAGCAUACUACCGCGGCGGCACCUCACGCGCAGUCUUCUUCAAACAAGAAGACCUACCCGCAAACAAAAAAGAUUGGGCCCCCAUUUUCCGCAGUGUAAUCGGCAGUCCAGAUCCCCAUGGCCGACAACUAGACGGACUAGGAGGUGGAAUAUCCAGCCUCUCGAAGGUGUGCGUAGUAGGCGCAUCGACACACGCCGAAGCCGAUGUCGAUUACACCUUCAUCUCGCUCGGCAUCAAGAACACCGACGUCGAUUAUUCCAGUAAUUGCGGGAACAUGAGUUCCGCCGUCGGUCCAUUCGCCGUCGAUGCACAUGUGUUCCCUUUACAGACUCCCAGCCCGGAUUCAGCCUCGGUACGCAUCCACAACACCAACACAGGCAAGAUCAUCCAUUCUUCCUUCCCCGUUGUCGACGGCGAAGCGGCUGCUAGCGGCGACUUCGCUAUAGACGGGGUCGCUGGUACUGCUGCCCGCGUUCAGCUGGACUUUAUCAACCCCGCCGGCUCGGUUACGGGGAAACUCCUGCCUACCGGCAAUGUCGUUGAUGUCUUUGAUGGAAUUAGAGCUACGUGCAUCGAUGUCGGGAAUCCGUGUGUCUUUGUGCAGGCGCUUGAUCUCGGCGUGAGUGGGAAUUUGACUCCUGAUGAGAUCACUGUCCACCCGGAUUUGCUGCUGCGCUUGGAUUCUAUUCGUCGGCAGGCGGGUGUUAAGAUGGGUAUUGCGGAUGAGACAGGGGAUGUUCCAGGUAGUGUGCCUAAGAUCUGUAUUGUGGCUGCGCCCUCCACUACCUAUUCCAGAGAUAUCGAACAGAGACAGACGUCUGCUGAUGUUGAUCUUUUGGCUCGUGCGCUUUCUGUUGGACAACCGCAUAGGGCGGUCCCGAUUACUGUUGCUUUGGCUCUUGCUGCUGCUGCUCGUGUGCCGCAGAGUACAGUGGCUGGCGUUGUGGAUAGAGAUCCUGUCGACAGUGCCGGGAUUACUAUUGGUCAUGCCAGUGGGAAUCUGCUGGUUGGUGCCAAUUUCGAUGUAGAUGGAACCUUGACUUCUGCCACGGUCUUUCGUACAGCGCGUCGUUUAUUUGAGGGGCGUAUCUUCUGGAAAAAUGAUGACUGA